UGUCGGCUAUGUACUUGUUUUCAAGGAGUAUGCGUUAGCAACAGGUGCAUCGCGUGUUACUGUUACCUAGGUGACUGCUGACUACAUCAAACAAUGCCGAAACUAGCGCGUGUGACACUUUGCCACGGACCUUAUGAAUCCAGCGGAGUCGUACAAUACCGGACCUUCCGUCUGCAGGGUCUUCAGGCCGCUCUGAGAGCACGCGGGCACCAGUGCGUCAUGGAAGAAACGCGCGAGUGGAACACGGUGGAGCUCGUGGUCAACGGGGAGCUCGUCUUCAGCUGUGACACAAAGCAGCUGGAGUUUGGUGGAGAUGGAAAACUGGAUCCUGUUUGCAUAGAAGCUGUAAAUGCUGUGGAAGAUGCUUACUGAAGAAAGCAAUCCAUCAAUUAGAGAAGAA